UGUAGCUGAGCAGAUGUGGGUGAGUAAGCAAACAAGGGAGGAGACGGUCCCGUGAACGGCGAUGCGCGCUCCCGAUAAUAAACCUCUGACGCCUUCAUCCGGGAACUACUACGAACUCGCUCUCCAACAUGGCGGCGUCAGCUAAGAAGAAGAAUAAGAAGGGGAAGACCCUCACUCUGACUGACUUCCUGGCAGAGGACAGUGGAGGCAGCAACGCGGCCCCCAGCUACCCAACCAAGACCACUAGCUGGGCCGAUGAGACUGACGACCUGGAGGGAGAUGUCUCAACUUCGUGGCACACAGAGGAGGAUACGUACCGGGCACCACCCAUUGACCGUUCCAUCCUGCCCACAGCGCCUCGCUCAGCUCGUGAACCCAAUGUUGACCGGUCCCGACUGCCCCGCAGCCCGCCUUACACGGCCUUCCUGGGCAACUUGCCCUAUGAUGUCACUGAGGACUCAAUCAAAGACUUCUUCCGCGGCUUGGCAAUCAGUGCUGUGCGUCUGCCUCGAGAGCCCAGUAACCCAGAGAGGCUGAAGGGCUUUGGCUAUGCUGAAUUUGAUGAUGUGGAUUCCCUCCUGAGGGCCCUUAGUCUCAAUGAGGAGAACCUGGGAAACCGAAGGAUCCGUGUGGAUAUUGCAGACCAGUCUAAUGAUAAAGAGAGAGACAGUGGCAUUAUGGGAGGCCGAGACAGGGGAAGGAUGUCAGACAUGGGUCCUGACAAGACAGACAGUGACUGGAGGGCUCGGCCCACUGCAGAAGCCGACGAUGGACCUCCCAGGAGAGAUGAUGCCUUUGGAGAGCGGUCACGGGACCGUUAUGAGUCGGAUCGUUACAGAGAUGGGCCACGGCGGGACAAUGACCGCUAUGAUGGAGGAAGAGACCGCUACAGAGAUCGCUAUGAUGACAGGGACCGCAGAGACUACGAUAGAGGAGGUUUUGACUCUCGUGGUGGUGGUGGAGGAGGUCGUCGUGCCUUUGGCAGUGGCUUCCGCCGAGAUUAUGAUGACAGUCGGGGUAGCAAUGAUCGUUAUGGAGAUCGGGAUCGUUAUGGAGAACGUGACGAGAGACGGGAUGAGAGGCGUGAGGAGAGAGCAGCUCCUCAGCAGAGACCCAAGUUGAACCUUAAGCCCCGUAGCGUGCCCAAGGAGGAGGAAGCUAGCAGCGGUGGUGGUGGUACUUCCCCAGCUACAGCUCCGAGCUCCGGCAGCAGGACCUCAUCCAUCUUUGGCGCGGCCAAGCCAGUUGACACAGCAGCCAAGGAGAGGGAGGUGGAGGAGAGGCUGAAGAAAGAGGAAGAGAGGCUGCAGAGGCAGUUGGAAGAGGACAAAGGCCGGGGACCCGACAGAAAGAUGCGAGACAGGGACCCAAGCUGGCGCAAUGAGGAAUCUCAUACUGAGCGAUCUCGCACAGGAAGUGAGUCUUCACAGCCAGGAAGCACUUCUGGAAGAGGGUCCCGGUGUCGAGAUAGCGAGCGCUCUGGGGACAAUGAGGUGUUCAGUGGGAGAGAAGGUGAGCCCUCCUCCCCUGGGUCCUCUCCGCAGCCCCCCUCUACUGGCUCCUCCAAGGAGCCGCUGAAGGUGAUGCCUGCACCUCCUCCCAAGGAGAACGUCUGGGCCAAGAGAAGUGCAGCCAGCACAGGCUCUACCGAUGGUGAUGGACGACCUCCAGUCUCUCCUGUCUCCCCAAGUGGUUCAACUCCUCCCAAGCUCAGUUCCCCAGGUUCUGUAGAUGAAAUUGGAUCUGGAAAAGAUGAGAACAAGGCUGAAGGUGUGCGUCGGGACCGGGGGGCCCCACGGGCACGAGGGGGGCCUGCAGGGCCUGGAGCAGGGCGGGGCCGAGGAGAGGGGCCCAACAGAGACCGAAGAAAGGAGGACAGAAAGGAUAACAGAAGAGACCGAGACUCCAGACCACCCCCAGAGCCAAAGAAAUUUGAAGAAACCCCAACCCCCAAGUUCAGCUCAGCCAGUAAGUACGCCGCUUUGCUAAUGGACGGAGACCAAGGAGACGACGCAGAGGACGUAGAAUAGAGAGAAAAUAACGAGACGAGGCCUGAAAGCGCAAGAAGAGGAGAAAAUGCCGAAUGCACAAAAAAAUAAUCUCACAUAGCUUAUGAAAAAACAACUCCUCACAUGGAAGAGGCUCCUGGGAGGACAUCACUCCCUCCCUUCUUUCCUCCUACAAACCUGUCCUUUUACUUUCAAAACACCCACCCAUCCUCCCUCCCCUGACCCACCUUCAGGACUAUUCAGCUUCUAAAGAAUAGUCACAUACUGGACUUGUUUUAAAUGGAAAAAAGGAGUAGCUGACACAUUGAAAAGUGAUGGAUAACAUUGAAUUAAUUGUAAUAAAUAAAUGGAAAAAGUGGGGAAAAAAUGAAUUUGCAUAUUUGUGGAUCACAGGUUUGGUGAGGUUGGAUUAUAUGACAGAGGAUGUAGCUUUGUGCAACUUGUUUUUUUGUUUGUUUUUUUUAUAGCAUUUUUGACUUAUUGACUCGCAUAGUUCCUAGAUCAAAUGCAUAACUAUUCAUUAUAAGCCCUUUUUAUUCAUUAGACAAUAAUUUGGUAUUAUAUCAUUAUUUUAAACCAAUCUAUUAAGAAAUGUAUGUACCAUUCAACAAAUCAUUGAUUGAAUUGGUUCUAAGCUGAUUCACACAGUAUUACAAGAGAGGACUGUGUAGUACAUAGACUACAGUACUGCAGGAGUGACCGCUACAAUUGCAAUUACUAUCAUUCCCAAUCAUUGUACAGAUGUCUCUCUUUCUACACCACCUGAUGAAAUAAUCAGAUGAAUUAAAGGCUUGUCAUAGUCGUUGACAGCCGUCUUGAAGAUUCUCCAAAUCAUUCACUCUUGCUGAAGUGAGGAAUACAACUAUUUGGGGAAAGUCUGGAGCUGCCUAUAGUAGGGUGUGAGCAUUUGCAUGAGAUUACAUUAAGCUGUCUUCCAAUUUGCAAUAAAUUGGGGUCAUUAUGUACAUUCAAAUAGUAUGUGGUCAUUGUACAUGUAUGCAUUACUGGAGGGAUUGAGGCCAAGGGUUAAAAAAAAUGUUUUAAGCGUGUAAACUGCACAUUUAAAGCUGAGUUUGUGCUUGUCUCUAAGUUAAAUGUUUAAAGACAAGCAAAACUGCCAAACGGCUCCUUUGUUGCCUGUAUUAACCUGACUAGGCCCUACACACAUUUGUGACAGCGUGGCAUUAACCAUGAAACCAGUGUCAGUCAUAGAAUGGCGAGUUGCAUCAACGCAUCACGUCUAUGUGCAAAAACAACAAAGUAUUUACCUCUGCUUACUGUUCUCCUGGUGUGGUCUGAGAGACAGACAGUUUCCACAGUAUUUCUUCAGUCUCAACCCCCUGCUGAGGGCCGGGGUCCUGGUGGCAGCUGGUUAGGAUCCUGCUGAGCUUGACAUCCCACACACACCCACACACAGAGAGCACCCACUUUGCUGUAAGAUAGGACUCUUCUAGACCCCUUAGCAGCAGGCCACUCUUUUCAAUGGACAUCAGCAUACUAGAGAGCAGACUUGACUGGGAAUGGUGACUGGCAGCAAGCAAAAUACCUACUAAUAUAGAUAAACUUUUUCAAGUGUUUAAUGUAUCAUGAAAUAAUUAGGCUCAUGAGUUUGUGUUUGUUGAAGCUAGGUGAUUGCACACUAGAGUUGUCUGCUUCAAUACCUGCUACAAAAUAAAUUGGUCCCGUGUCCUGUGCACAUUCA